AUGGAGAUAAUGAGGCGAGGGCGAGUUAUCCUGGAGAGAAGAGCACUUCCCCACUCGUCUUCGACCUUAAUCGGUGGGGCUUCAUCGACCAAUCCUCCGCUCAGACUUGUUCGGCGAGGGUCUCCUGCUGCCCGACCUUCUUUACUGGCCCCUCCUACUCGCUCUCGGACUGCUCGUGCCCCUCGAUCGACCAUUCCCGCUAGCCCCCGGGCUGCUCGUCCACCUCGGCCGGCUACUCCCGUUCGCCCCCGGGCUCCCGCUCGCCCCCGAGCCCCACGUACGGCCCGACCUACUCCCCCAACACCGCUACCCUCGGUUAGUCCUCCUCGAGCCCCUUACAUCCCCGGUCAGGGCCUUGGUGAGAGGCAUACGGGCCUUGGCGGAAGAACAGGCAACGUCUCUCUUGCCAGUCCUGCUUUCAUAGAGGCUUCUCAGGCAGCUCGCAGGGCUCGUGCCACAAAUGAACGCGUAAGCCAAAACGCCCCAACUUCCUCUAGACGUAGGGCUCGGUCGUCCUCCGAUGAUUCUGACUCUGACGAUCAGCCGCUAUCUCAAAGACGUCGGCGCCGAGCCCCUCGCCCGAUGUCCGACUCCGGCCCAUCAUCUAUCCCUUCUUCUCCUCCAAACGCAGCUGCCUCUCCUACAUCCCCUCAGGCGACUCCACCCUCAAUUCCGAGCCAUGUGGCUGAUCCCCCUACUUCAUCUAAUAAUCAAGCCGAGCCCCCAUUGGCUCAUCCUACCACCUCCCAGCACACUCAUGACAAUGAAGUUGGCCCCUCAAAAUGA